AUCGCCCCAGAGCUGCUCACCAUCGGCCGCGCGCGACUCGCACCCGGUAAACUCUCUAAAACAAGAGAAGAGGCGCGAGCCACAGACAAACACAACAAACGAGAACCACGACGGCUCGCGAGACAAAACCCAGACGAGACCAAGACGAUGUCGACGUACUUGAGCUCCGAGAGUCGCCGCGUGAGCCCCCGCGUGCACGGCAGCGGCUUCGACACGGCGCGGAGAAAGCGCGCGUCGCCGCACAUCUUCGAGCACGUGCGCGAGGACGCGCUCGUGCGGCUCUUCCGCAAAGCGGGCGACGCCAAGGCAGAGGAGCGCGCGAGGAGCGUGUUCGCCGCGGCGGCGUCGCACGAACCCGGAGAGACGGCGCGCGCGCUCAUGGCGCUGCGGCAGCGCAAGAAGGACAAGCUGCUGCGCAUCGCCGGCGCCGUGCGCCGCUUCCUCGGCGUGCGCUGAGCGAGCCGGACCGAGAGGAACCGACUUGAAGUCCUCAAAACACGAACUUUCAACGGAAACACAGCCCGGCUGUGCGCACGCGCUCUGAGCGAGCGGGGGCCGUUACGGCUAACAGACCGCGGACGAGUGACGGACUGAAAAGCGGGAGAAAACGUAACCGCGAGGGUCAGAAACGGACCGCGAAACGCUGGAGCAGAGCCAAAGGACCCGCGGUGACCCCCCCCCCCCCCAACGCCCACCCGCCCACCGGGACCUCUACUGAAGGAGAACCGGGAGAAACGGGAGACUCGAGUUAGCCCGAGCUAACGAGGCUAACGAAGCCAGCGCGGUUACCAGGGCGACGCGUCUCUCCUCUCGCGCACGGGAGAUGAAGACCCCUGUGUGGAACGCUGCACCUUUCCCGCGCUUUCUGGAGCAAAUCAGACUGCGAGAAAGACGCUCACGUGAACUGUUUGGUUUUUUUGUUGUUUAAUUAUUAUUAAUAUUAUUAUUAUUUUUUAUUUUUAUAAUAUUUUUUUAUGUGUAAAUGCACGUUUAAGUGCAUGAGGUGCCUCGUGACGACGAGAAGAUGAAGGAAAAAACAAUCGCCUGUGUUGACCACGCCUCAUAUUUCUAUUUAAAAAAAAAACAAAAAAAAACAGCCUGUUAAUAUUGUCUCACCUUUUGCCUCAGUUUCAGUUUUCCUGUGUUAUAACACAGUAUCAAGUGGCCACUAAUUUAUUUGUACACUCAAUGCUCACAAUAAAUUAUGAACGUCUA